AUGGGAGUUAGAUCAGGUUCAAAGGAGAUGUCGGAGAAAAGUGCACAUGCUGGACACGAGCAUAGAUCUGAUAAUGUCAGUUUAGUAACAUCACUAAUGAAAUCAUGGAGGAUUUCAUCAUUACCUUCUUCGUUAAACUCCUCUCCAUCUUCUAAGAAAGAUUUUACCUCUCCUAAACAAUUAUCACAUUCUCCAAAUAUAAAGAAGAAACAAGAUAGUGUAUUUACCAGAGAUCGGAAGCAUAGAACAAGUGAUGGCAAUUUUGAAGCAAUGCCAAAACCGCAUGCGAAUAUGAUUCGAACACCUUCGUCUAAUUACUCGCCUUUAAGAUAUAUGAGUCCAUCAGCCGUAACAAACACUGAAAGUUCAAGAUCACCAUUUUUGCGUAAUGGUAAUCAUAAUCACUCUCCUGCAGUUACCCCAUUAUCUCGUUCUAAUAGUAAUGCGACGAUUAAUGGAAUGCCAAAGUCAUUGCAUGAUGCUUCCAAUUCUAAAAGAAGUGAUAGGUAUUUCAAAGACUUAGAUGAAGAUUGGAGUGCUGUCAUUGAUGAUUAUAACAUGCCCAUACCCACAAUACUUAAUGGCGGAACAGAUUCUCCAAAUUCAUUAUCAAGAAAAUCUACUGCAUCAUCAGUAGCCACCACAUCGAACUCGAUAAUGACAUCUGCAUCAUUUCAUUAUCCGCAAUUGCCACAUUUAAGAAGAUCACAAAGUUUUGAUCUCAAAUCAGAAGACGAAUUAAACACAGAACGAAAUAUACAGGAGUUAAAUUCUGCUAUACAAAGGAUCGCCAAAUUUGAUUCCAUUUUACAGAAUAAACAUAUUAUAAAUUUACAAGAACUUCGUCAAAUUAGCUGGAAUGGGAUUCCAAGGACGCAUAGACCUAUAGUAUGGAAAUUAUUAAUUGGUUAUUUACCUGCAAACACUAAGAGACAACAGAAUUUCCUUGCACGGAAAAGGAAAGAAUAUAAAGAUGGAUUGGAUCAUACUUUCUCAAAUCAUCAUUCGAGAGAUAUCCCCACAUGGCAUCAAAUAGAAAUAGAUAUACCAAGAACAAACCCUCAAAUCCCACUGUACCAAUUCAAAUCCGUACAAAGUAGUUUGCAAAGAAUCUUAUAUUUAUGGGCUAUUAGACAUCCAACAAGUGGAUAUGUGCAAGGUAUUAAUGAUUUAGUAACACCAUUUUAUCAAACUUUUUUAACUCAAUAUUUACCUGAGUCUCAAAUUGAUGAUGUUACCAUUUUAGAUCCAGAAACGUACUUACUUCCUGAUCAAACAUAUGAUUUAGAAGCAGAUACGUUUUGGUGCCUAACAAAGCUACUAGAACAAAUUACCGAUAAUUAUAUUCAUGGGCAACCAGGGAUAUUGAAACAAGUUAAAAAUUUGUCUCAAUUAGUGAAAAGAAUUGAUAUUAAUUUAUAUACACAUUUUCAAAAGGAACAUGUAGAAUUUAUUCAAUUUGCAUUUAGAUGGAUGAAUUGUCUACUGAUGAGAGAAUUUCAAAUGCCAACAGUAAUUAGAAUGUGGGAUACAUAUUUAUCCGAGACCUCACAGGAAAUCACCACUACUUCAAUUACAAUUGCUAACAAUUCAUCAACGAGAACGACAGAGAGUACAACUACGGCAGGAACAUUGCGACCCUUGACACCGAAGGAGCAAAGUACAGCUACAUUUAGAACGCCAAAUGAGGAAACUUAUCGUUCCCCUUCAAACAUGACUAUCUCUUCAAAUUCUAGUAGUACGGGUGAUGAAUCUUCAAGAAUUAGACAAUCAUCAUUUAAUGAAUUCCAUGUAUUUGUAUGUGCGGCUUUUUUAAUCAAAUGGUCAGAACAAUUAAUAGACAUGGAUUUCCAAGAGAUAAUUACAUUCUUACAAAAUCCACCAACUAAAGAUUGGACUGAAACUGAUAUUGAAAUGCUCUUAGGAGAAGCAUAUAUUUGGCAAUCAUUAUAUAAAGAUGCUACAUCGCAUUGGCUGUGA